AUGACACAACGUAAUAUGUAUGAAAAGCUAUUGGCGUAUGUGUCCUUUGCUCAUGCGUGUCUAUCCGUUUCGUCGGGCUCUGCACAAAGUGUCAGCCAUUUAGGCGGGCGAUUUAUUAAUUGGAGACUGAGGUACGAUGACUAUCAUGCUCUUUAUCAAGACUUAAAGACAUCUUCUUUCCCUUCUUCCUUUAAUAGCACUUUAGUAGUACCGCUUGAGAUCCAUUGGUUGAAGUGACUUUUAGGCUUCAUCACCCAAGUACUUGCAAAAACUUUGUAUUCAUUUACUCAUUAAUUUAUUCAUAAAAGACAAUUAUCUUGAACAAACAGUCAAAGUCUCUUCAUGUGCCUAAAACAACUUCGGAAAAUAAACAUCUUCAAAAACAGGUGCAGAGACUAAGUAAGAUGAGAUUUUUGACCCGAAAGAGGAGCUCUUAACGGUAGACAAAAAAUUAAGUCGCUGGCUUCACAAUUACACAGGCAGAUCUCCAACCAUGACAAAAAGGUUUGAGUUUAAUUGGCAAAUCGAGGUACCGGAGCCUCUGCGAGUAGGAUGUGUUUUUGACCGGUGGACCGAAGAGAAGGACAACACAGAAAUAGAGCUUAAUUGUCUCUUCAAGGUCGACGAAUAUGGAUUCUUCAUUUAUUGGCAGAGUGAGGGAAAGGAUGGCGACGUCAUCGAGCUGUGUCAAGUGAGCGAUACACGAGCAGGAGGUGUACCUAAGGAUCCAAAGCUGUAUGACAAACUAAUAGCUAAACAUAAAGAACAACUGGAUGAAAAAAGCCUAACCAUAUGCUCUGGAGUCGAUUACACCAAUAUAAAUUACCAACACGUCGUCUGUCCUGACGCGAACACCGCAAAGAUAUGGCUUGCUGGAAUUCGGAAAAUCACCCACAAUGUCAAAGCAAACAAUGUUUGUCCGCUGACUUGCCUGAAGAAACAUUGGAUGAGGCUGAGGAUGUUAGUAGAUCCAAAUGGGAAAGUACCAGUAAAAGUAGUCGCCCGCACGUUUGCCUCUGGAAAAACGGAAAAAUUGGUGUACCAGUAUUUGUCUGACCUCGGUUUGCCAAGUGGAAAGAAUGACGUUAUAGAACCAGAUGAUUUUACUUUUGAUACAUUCUAUGCUCUAUAUCACAAAAUUUGUCCUAGAAAUGAUAUCGAAGAACUAUUUAAAUCUAUAACUCAAGGAAAAGCCGAUACAAUUGAUCUGGAACAAUUAAUUACAUUUCUAAAUGAGAAACAACGUGAUCCAACUUUGAAUGAAAUCCUAUAUCCGCUUUAUGACGAGAAGAGAGCUAUGGAAAUUAUUAAUGACUAUGAACAAAAUGAAACAUUUCGAAAUCAAAAGACAUUAUCAAAGGAUGGUUUUAUAAGAUAUUUAAUGUCCGACGAGAAUGCCCCAGUUUUUCUAGACAGAUUAGACGUUUAUAUGGAUAUGGAUCAGCCAUUAGCACACUACUACAUAAACUCAAGUCACAAUACUUACCUAUCUGGGCGACAGUUUGGAGGAAAGAGCAGUGUUGAGAUGUACAGACAAGUGUUACUUGCUGGUUGCAGAUGUGUUGAAUUAGACUGUUGGGAUGGUAAAGGUGAAGAUGAAGAGCCUAUAAUAACCCAUGGUAAAGCCAUGUGUACAGCAGUCCUCUUCAAGGACGUCAUUUACGCAGUCAGAGACACCGCAUUCGUUACAUCAGAAUAUCCAGUCAUUUUAAGUUUCGAAAAUCAUUGUAGUAAAGCACAACAAUACAAAUUGGCUAAAUAUUGCGACGAAAUUCUUGGAGAUUUGUUACUAAAAGAACCUCUCAAAGACUACCCGUUGGAGCCGGGUGUUCCUCUUCCCUCUCCAAAUCUACUCAAACGAAAGAUUCUCAUCAAGAACAAACGAUUAAAACCGGAAGUGGAAAAGCAAGAAUUGGAACUCUUCAAACAAGGUCAAUUUGUUAUUGAAGAUGAGGUCAAGGAAGAUGCUAGCGCACCACCCGUUGUACCUCCAACAGUUGUCGAACAACAAUCGGUUGAUUCAGCAGUAGAUGUUGUUGUUCAACCAAAUUCUCAAAAUCCUGGCGUUGGUCCAACUGGCUUAGGUGAUAGUUUGGAAUUGGUCGCUGCACAACCCUACACUGGUAGCACAACUAAUGUACAUCCCUGGCUAUCUUCCAUGGUGAAUUAUGCACAACCCAUCAAAUUCCAAGGAUUUGACGUCGCUGAACAAAAAAAUAUACAUUACAAUAUGUCUUCCUUUGCCGAGAAUACAGGCCUUAAUCAUUUGAAGACUUCUGCCAUAGAAUUCGUCAAUUAUAACAAACGCCAAAUGAGUAGAAUUUAUCCAAAAGGUACUCGUGCAGACUCUUCUAACUACAUGCCUCAGGUCUUCUGGAACGCUGGUUGUCAAAUGGUCUCUUUAAAUUUUCAAACGGCUGAUGUACCCAUGCAGCUGAACCAAGGGAAAUUCGAAUAUAACGGAUCAUCAGGUUACUUAUUGAAGCCAGACUUUAUGAGACGAGCUGAUCGAAGUUUCGAUCCAUUUGCUGAGAGUCCAGUUGAUGGAGUUAUUGCAACUCAAUGCAGUGUACAGGUGAUUGCCGGCCAAUUUUUAUCAGAUAGAAAAGUAGGAACAUAUGUGGAAGUGGAGAUGUAUGGCCUACCUACUGACACAAUACGUAAAGAAUUCCGCACACGAGUUGUUCCAGCAAACGGUCUAAACCCGGUCUACAAUGAAGAGCCUUUUCUCUUCAGGAAAGUGGUUCUUCCCGACUUAGCGGCCCUACGUUUUGCAGUUUAUGAAGAUUCUAAUAACCGAUUACUAGGCCAAAGAAUUGUACCUUUAGACGGUCUCCAAUCAGGAUACCGUCACAUUUCUUUACGCACAGAAGCCAAUUUCCCUAUGUCACUCCCAAUGCUUUUUUGCAAUAUAGAAAUAAAAAUUUACGUCCCGGAUGGCUUUCAAGAGUUUAUGGAUGCUUUAACUGCUCCUCGAGCUCCUAGAAAGACAGAAAUCCCGUCGCAGCCGAGUAUACGAGGCUUAGGAAUGAGUGAAGGUGAUAAAUCAUGUGGCGAUUCAUCACAAUUACGACAACAUGAGGCUGUUAAGCCACGAGAAACAAUGGAUUUUGAGCCGAUAACAGUGGAAAACCUUCGUCAGGAGAAGGGCUAUCAAAAACUAAUACGUAAACAGCAAAAAGAUUUAGAGUCAUUAAAAAAGAAACAUCAAAAAGAAAGAAAUGCCGUCCAGAAACAACAAUGUGCUGCAAUUGAAAAACUCAUAAAAGGCAAAAACAAAGCGGAAUUAUCGAGGGAUCCGAUCGUUCAUAGAGCGGUCUCGGAGCAGACGACGCAGUGGUCACAUCUAACUGAGGGACAGCGACGUGAGGAGAGAGAAUUGGUACGCAGUCAUCUGGAAGAAAGACGUGUUCAAUUGCGUAAGCUCUGCCUCGCUGCACAAUCGGUCCAGACAAAGCAACUGACGGCACGACACGAGCGUGAGAUCAAGGAGAUGAAUGCCAGACAAGCUAGAUUGUCCGUUGAAAGCAUGAAGGAGGUCAUGAAUGAUAAGACGUUAAAGAGCCGUGGCAUUAAGGAGGGGAGACUUCGGGAAAAACAGCAGAACAACACCAAGAGGUUUAUGGAAGAACGUAAGUUUGCACAGAUGGUACAGAAUCGAGAGAUGGAAAAAUUAAAGAUGAUCCAUAAUGAACAGUUGGAGGAACUACAAAAAGAAAUGAAUAGGAUAAUGGAGAUGCAUAAGAAUCAAGAGAUCGAAUAUGAGUUGGGUCCAAAAAAUGAGUUCUACGUGUGAUUGAAUGCUGAAGAUUAGAUACUCAUCUUAUAAAUUAGAUUAAAUAAAGAAAGGAUUCUCUUGAGAUAAUUUAUUACUAUCGUUAAUUAUUGGAAUUGGGAACAAGUUUCAAUCUUUGAAUUAGAGUGUCGUUCCUCGGUCUGUCCUGUGUCAAACGCACGACGUGGGGGUGAUAUAAGAAAAAAAAAUCAAUCAAAAAAAAAACAUUAAAAGGAAUAAUGAAAAUGCAACAAAAAAA